AUGGAUCCCAACUUUUUAUUGGGAAUUUUCGUGGCCAUAACGAUUUUCAUGGUUUCAAUUCUAUUUUUAACAAGAAAAACUGGGAAAUCGAUAAAAAACGAGAAAAAUGAAACGGUAAAAGAAGUGAAGCCAAAUUUACCACAACAAAUUAAAUCGAAAAAAGAAAAAACCUGGGGAAAUAAGAAAGAAGCCGGUUUGUAUGCUCAUUCGUGGAGUCUGACGACGUUAAAGGGGCACACGGGACCUGUCCUUGAUGUGGACUUUGCAUCAGAUGGGAAAAAGUUUGUUUCGAUUUCUGAUGACGGGACAAUGAUUUUAUGGCAUAUAAAAGAUUUUGAAGAAAAAGAACACAAAUUCUCGAGAAACCCGUUGGAAUUCGAUCGAAUGACUCUAGUAAGCUUUGGGCCAGACUCAAAGUCUUUACUGGUAGCGAUGAAACGGGAAAACAAGCUUGGUGUGUACACGAUUCAAAAACGCGAGGACACGGGCACAAAGCGAUUGACGAAAGUGGAGUCGGUUGAUUUCCCAAAAGUGCACACGCAAAACAUCACGCAAAUCGGUUUUGCGUCAAACGGGAAAUUCGUUUUCUCGGCGUGCGCUGAGGGAAAAGUUGUGAUCUACAGUUUGAGGGGUGAUAUUUUGGAGCGAUUGGAGCCGAAAAUUGGCGGUUUUUACGAUGCUGUUUUGUCGAGGGAUGGUCGCUUUUUGGCGAUCACCGGCUUCAGCCCUGAGGCUUUCGUUUACGAAAUCAAAUUCACCGCCAAAGGUGAGUUCGUCUCGGCGAAGAAAGCCUUUAAUCUGCAGGGUGCUCGUUCGGGCAUUCACUCGGUUUCUUUCAAUCAGGAUUCCUCUCGAGCUGUUACUGUGUCGAAAGACGGAUAUUGGCGGGUCUACAAUACGGAUAUUCGAUUCGCGCAAGGCGAAGAUGCAAAAGAAAUCGCCAGUGGUGAAUGGCUUGAAUUGAAAGGCGCGAAGAAAGUCCAUCUCGAUAUGUCUCCAUCUGGUGGAUCUUUCGCAAUCGCCAUUGGCAAAACGCUGAAAAUUUCCACUAUCGAUGAAGAUUUUGAGCCAAUGCUUGACGUUCAAGAAGAGCCGAUCACGCGCGUGCAAAUCUCUCCAAACGGACAAAUGGUGGCGACAAGCGGCAGCAAAUUCAUUCGACUCUUUCACAAUGUGCCCGAGUCAUAUGCAGAGAUUUAUCGAUUGAAAAAUAAUGUGAUUGACUUUAGCUAUUCGAUGAGUGUCCUUGGGUAUGUCCGAGUGUUUGCGGUUUCCACUUUGAUCCUCAACUUGCUUGUCGUCUAUUUAAUCGUUUUUGCUACACCGAAAAGCUUGGGCAAUUUCCGAUGGCAUAUUUUAACGUUACACAGCUUUCAAAUGAUUUUCGAAUUCGGUGUCAUUUAUUGUCAAUUUCCGUUUCUUGGACUCCCAGCAUUUGUCGGUUUCACGGUUGGGCUAUUCACCGAGUUAGGAAUCGGAAUCUAUUGGCAAAUGGUCUUUUCAAGCUUCGCUUUAUUUUCGAUGCUCUCAAUGGUUCAACUAAUCGUUUUCUCGCGUCACCAAGCCAUUUUGCCCGCCAAUCAUUGGUUGAAAUUGGGAAAAGUG